UUCUAUUAUGGCGUUGCGGCGCAGAAGUUAGCGUGUCGAGAAGAUAAGCUGCACUGCCAGAUUCCGGGUUCGAGUCCUGCUGGAGGUGUUGAUGCGGUCAGAUCAGGCGAGGUCAAAACGGCAGUCGACUCCAGCCUGGAUGAAAAUACAAUAUGGGAAGCUGGACUAUGUGAAAUUGAAGAGGAAGCAGCUCAAUUGAUGAGGUCUGAGAGCCAAAAAAAAGCUCUUAACGCAUACGCGACAAAUAUGGGCUUGCCCAAUAGAAAAUCACAUCGUAACUAUGAUUUGGUAGAUGGUGUCUGCGGCCGUGUAGCCACGAUGCCCACGCUUCUGAUGCGAGUCCCGUCGGGAUGA